UCCUCCUCGGCUGGCUGCUCCUCCUCACUCUCGCUCCCUCUUCUCACCUCACACCUCACCCUUUUUGGAUUCUUCUUCCCAGUCAUCGCCUGUCUGCCCUCAUUGGCCCAAGCCCACCUCCCCCUCUGUGGAAUCCUAAAUUCCUGCCUCCCCUCUGCUUCUUCCACCUGCCUCCCCAACUAGGGAAAGGAGCAAGCAAAACAACUAGCAGCACACCCAGCCUAGCCAGAGCAGCAGCUCAGCUGCGCGCCCACACCCGGCCGCCUCCCGCUUCCACUCAUCCACUGGCGGGGCCUCUCUGCGAUUCCUCGUGUAUGCGCGCGCCUCCCUCCUCCUCCUCCUCCUCGCAGACCUCGCUGCAAGAUUCUCCUGUUCUUGCCAUGCGCCGUCGUCAGGGAUUCCUGUGCCCGUGUGACGAUCGCGCGCGGGAGUAGGUAAGCUGGUGAAUGGGAGCCAAGGCAAUGUCGUCCCACGGCAGCGGGGCCGCCGGCGGUGGCGGCGGUGGGGCGGCCCUGUCGCGGCAGGGCUCGGUGUGCAGCCUCACGUUCGGCGAGGCGGACGGCCAGCUGCACGGCGUCAACCUGGACGACCUCCUCCGCGCGGGGCGGAAGACGGUGGACGAGGUGUGGCGGGACAUUCAGGGCGCCGGGGGCGGCGCCUGCCCGCGGGCCCAGAUGACGCUCGAGGACUUCCUGUCAAGGGCCGGCACCAGCGCGCCCGCCGACGCGGCCGGCAACGGCGCCUGCGCGCGCAGUUGGGGAGCGCACCAGCUGUACCAGCCGGCCCCGGCGCCGCAGCUGGGCCGCCACCACCAACCGGCCGUCGGGCGCCCCGUGCCGCGGCCGCUCGGCGUGGGCGCCGGGCCGGUGCUCGAGGCGCUGUACUACGAGGGCGGCGCGGCGGCGGCGGCCGGCGGGAAUCGGGCCGGCCCCGAACACGGCGUGGCGGAGAGGUCGAACGAGCGGCGCAAGAAGCGGAUGAUCAAGAACCGGGAGUCGGCGGCGAGGUCGCGCGCUCGGAAGCAGGCAUACACCAACGAGCUGGAGAACAAGAUCUCGCAGCUGGAGGAGGAGAACGAGCGGCUCCGGGGGCACAAGAUGACCUUGGCAGUGGUUGCAGUAGGGUCUGCUGUAUUGCGCAGCGAGUUGCGACGAGGCCAGGCACCGGAGCCGGUAGUGCAGUAUGUGCCGCAACAGGAGGUGAAGAAUCAGCUCCAGCUCCAGCUCCGGCGGACUAACUCGGCCAACUUCUGAUCAUGUUAAUAGUAGUAGUGGAACUGUCCUGGCAGUAGGGUUCGUUCAAGUUGUAACAGCCCUGUUGGGAAUAGUCAGCUAGUAUGUAAGAACUCUUCUAUGCAGUCCCCAACUUGCAGCAUGGAUUGGGUAUUGUUGCAAACCAUUGUACUCCUACCAUGCAGUUGUUGCGGUAAUAGUCUUCCAACUGAUCCUUUGACCUUUGCAACCCUAUGAUUGCAAGAGUGCAACAGAUAAGCAGUUGCGCUGUA